AUGAUGCGGCUCAGAUCGAGAUUGGGUGCGAUUUGCGGACUCGUGGCGCUGACGUUUUUCCAGGCGCUGUCGUUGCAUGGAGGACCGGCCUUCACUGGCCUCCGAGUGAGCGCGUCAUCCAUUGCGAGACAUGCAGCCGGCGACGACUUCGAUUUCGGAGACAUUCCAAGCGGAUCAAAGCCUCCAAAGUCUGCGCCAGCUCAGGCCGUCACCAGCCGAGCAGGCUCAUCGGAGGAUGACGAUGACAAUGAUUACUUUGACGAUGACGAUGACGAGGAGUAUCAGCGGGACGAGCCCGACAUGGGAAGCGUUGCCCCAUUUGUGAGCUUCGCCCUCCUCGCUCUGGGGUCCAUCGGAUUUAUCGCGUUCCAGGUUAGUGCGCAAAAUCAGGCUUUUUCUGGGAGCAAAAAUGCUCCGAAGAUCCAGAAGGUUCAGGCCGCCUACAGCACCUACUUCGCGGAUGGGGAAGCGCCGACACCUGUCAGUUAG